AUGCCUUCGCCUGCAGAGAUCAUAGCCGGCACAAGCUCGUCCGUAGCAAGGCUCGCCGCCUACGCCUUCUUGAGAUGGAUCCCCGGUCAUCAUUUCCCUCCUAUCAUCCUUUCUUCAGUGGCAAUAUAUCUGGCCUUCGUCUUCAGCCAUCCCGAAGCUUUCGGUUCGAGUAGAGCUGUCGUGUCUGAAGCGCCCUCCGAUGCCCCUCCACAUGUCAACGGCAAUGAUCAAACAAAAGCCCAGGACCAAAUCAGUGAAGCACACGAAGAACCCGUCCUGUACGAGGAGGAGAAGUCACUGUUCAAGACCUUGGUCUUUGGAAUACCCAAUUGGCGAGAGAAGCGACAGAGUUACGCCACUAUUGGAUUGAACGUCCUGUUGGCAUUGUUUACGGUUGAUUUGGUCUUUCGAGGGCCUCUUCUCCAUCCGGCAAAGGAUUUGAGCUUCACUCGUGUUGGCUAUGUCGACUCGACCUCUGCGAAAAUCUUGAUUCGAGAGCCUGAUCCGGCCCAACUUCCAAUCUACGUCUACCUGUCUCCGGCGGAUAAGACCAGGUGGACUACGACGGACACGAUCUACUACCUGGGACCCGAUACCGAUUAUACCCAGGCACUCAGUUUUGAUGGUCUUCAGCCAUCGAAGAAAUAUAUCUACUCCCUUUCCAAUGACAAAUCCGGGACCUUUGUUACAGCAGCAUCGCCAUACUCGGAAGCCGCCAACAGCUUGACGUUUCUCACUUCCUCUUGUAUAAAGGCCAAUUUUCCGUACAGACCAACGGCUCAUUCUCUGGCAAUCCAUGGCUUGGAAUACUUGUCCAAACUCGUCCGUUCACUUCCAUCGCCAGCCUCAUUCAUGCUAUUCCUCGGAGACUUUAUCUAUGUCGACGUGCCCCUUCGUCUAUCAUCCUCCCUUGCACAUUAUCGUUCGGAAUAUCGACGCGUCUACGCUUCGCCGUCGUGGUCACUACCGGGACUUGAUACCCUACCUUGGAUCCACACCCUCGACGACCACGAAAUCGCCAAUGACUGGUCCGGUGGAAAUGAUACGGAUCCUUUUCCGGCCGCUUCAGAUCCCUUCAUCCAUUAUCACGUCUCGGUGAAUCCACCAGUUCCACCAGGCUCUCUGAGUGGACCGGAAGCAAAUAUCACUUACUUUGAAUUUACCAAUGGUCCUGCGUCAUUCUUCAUGCUCGAUACACGGCGAUAUCGGACUGACCCUGAAUCGCAAUCAACUAGCUCUUCGUCCCGGAGCUCAGAAAAACCCAUGUACGGCUCGUCUUCGGAAUCGUCGAAUCCACCCUCCACCCGCGAAACACACUCAAUGCUAGGUACUCAACAACUUGACUCCCUCCUUGCAUACCUCUCCGCGCCUGAACCCCCGCAUGUGCAUUGGAAAAUCAUCGCCACCAGCGUCCCGUUCACGAAGAACUGGCGAUUUGGCACGUCUGACACUUGGGGUGGAUUUCUCAGGGAACGAGCGUUGAUUUUGCAGGCCAUGCAUGAUGCAGAACGCGAACUUGGUAUUAGAGUGGUUAUUCUUUCUGGGGAUCGCCACGAAUUCGCUGCCAUACGAUACCCGCCGCCGGUCCUCUCCCAGGACCAAGGCCAAGGCCAGGUGGGAGAUACUGUCGACACAUCCGACUUGGAUGCAGCUGAACCGGUCUCCAAGCCUGUCGUCUACGACACGACCCCGGCCUCUGGCCCCCACGAAUUCUCAGUAGGGCCGUUGUCAAUGUUCUAUCUUCCAUUCCGGACGUUCCGCCAGAUUGACAACCAAGACGUGGCCAUCAAGUACAUUCCAGACGGAAACAGCAAGAUUGGCGUCAUUGAAAUUCGUAGCGUGGCGGGUGAUGCAGGGAGCGGAUGGCAAAGGAGCAUGUUUAAGUAUACCUUGUACGUGGACGGAGAGGUGAAGUGGGAGUACACACUUACAAGUCCGAGUACGAGCUCAGCACUGGUUAAUGGAGGGCGUGGGCGGGAAAGGAGGAAGGCUCGAAAUGGUGUGGCAGGCUGGGCCGAGAGAUUGGGCCUGCGCGGUGGAGCGGGGCGAGGGCAGUCAUUGUGGCAUUGA